AUGUCUAAACUAACCACCCCCCCCCGGGCCAGCAUAAUCACCUACUCGAUCCCCACCUGGAUCACCCCUCUCGUCAUCGCCGUUGUAACCUCAAUAUUAAUCCCUCCGGCCAGUUUGCUAGGGCACCUCUGCGCCUGCGCAGUCGGCUACGCCUUCGGACUCGGCUAUCUCAAAAUCCUGGCCCCGCCCGACAAGAUCCUACGCUGGAUCGAAGCCAAACUCAACCUCCUCGGUCGACUCCCCCACUACGUCAGCAUAGACCAGAAGACGUAUGGGAGGUAUGGUGUCCUCCCCAGCACCGUGACGUCUUCGUCGACGGCCACGGGACCGCCGGCCGAUCAUGCUGUGGCGAUGGGGUGGUUGGGAACGGGUGGGGGAGGGCAGAGGUUGGGCCCUUGA